AUGGCAUCCAGAUUUGUCGAGACAGCCUCCUCAAGGAAACUGCAUUGUCUUCAGACUGGUGAUCCGAAAGGACAGCUCAUAAUCUGCCUCCAUGGUUUAGGAGGCUCCACAAAUACUUUCAAAUCUCUUUUACUCAGAUUACCGCAAUCCUACAACAUUAUCUGUUUAGACUUUCCUGGCUUCGGUGCAAGCCCUGCCCUAACCGAGCGUCCCACGGUUGCCAGCUAUGUUUCCGACCUCCAUGAUAUCGUCACAUUUUUUCAAGCAGCCGAUGAAAGCCCACGAGAGUCGAAGAUAAUCUUGAUCGGACAUUCCCUCGGAUCGGCCAUUGUGCUGCACUUUUCCACCGAGUAUCCUUCACUUGUCGCUACGAUUUGCCUCCUCGGGGCUACCCGAUCGCCUUCGCAUAUUCCCGCCGUGCAGGCUAGAAUGCUAGACAUGGCAAAGAACACUCGGGAGAAGGGUGCGGCUUGGGCAGCCGAACUAGCCAGCAGAUCGAACUUUCCGCCGCCGGAAAUGCGCGACGUGGAUGAGAAGCUGCGAAAGGAGGUAUAUGAUGCGGUGGCGGCGUCAGACGCUGAGGGCUAUGCGUUAACCUGCGAGAUGAUGGCAGACGAAUCGCACAAGGAUCCAGACUACACCAAGAUCAAGUGCCCAGUCCUCCUGAUCGCGGGGGAUCUUGAUGUCAUCAGUCCAGUAGAAAGGUCAAAGGGUCUAGUUGAUAUCAUAGGAUCGGAUUUAUGUACCUUAGAGAUUGUUAAGUCUGGGCACCAGCCUGUUCUUGAGGAGCCGGAUGCUGUUGGUCGAGCCGUGGGACAAAUGCUCCAGAGAAUCCAGGCUUGA